AUGACGCUCACUGUCCCGACGGUCACUUAUCGUCCUAUGACAUUCACUGUUCCUACAGUCACUUAUCGUCCUAUGACGUUCACUGUCCCCACGAUCAGUUAUCCUCAUCCUACUGUUACUAUUCCUACUAUUACUGGUCAUCCUGCUACAACUGGUUCUGUUCCUAGUCCACCGACUAGUCUUUAUACUUGUCAACUUCCAAACGUUAAUGUCUUAGCACAACAUGUUCGUGCAUUUUUCGAUCACUUAAUAGUAACUAUUGAGAGUCAAAGGCGGUUAAUUAGUCGACGUAGAAUUUUGUGCUCAGGAGUUUUUACUCGCUUCAGAUCUGUUUCUCCGGUUCAUCGAUCAUCGAAAAAAAAGAAAUAUAUUGAUGAAGAUCAUAAGCGAAAAAAUGAUAAUGAUUCACCGCGACAACCAAAACAAAAGCAAAUGUUGGAUGAGCCCAAAGCUGGCACUAUUUACGACGGUCUUGUUAUUAGUAUAAUGCAAUGUUGUAAUAAGCAUCAAAAGGUCAAAAUAAAAGUUCUUGCAUAUACCAAAACAAAAAUGAAUUUAUCAAUGAAAGAUGUUGAUAAAAAAACCGGUGAAGAUUUGAAUGAAGAAAUGACAAGAAAAUUGCGUGAUGAAGAAAGUAUUGAAAGUAGCUUCGUAACUCAAUAUUUGGCUGAAGUUGGUUAUACAAGUCGUGGAAAAAUAGCCAGUACACAACCACAUCGUGUUGCUGCCAUGUCUGUCGCGAAACGUGUUGCCAAAGACUAUAGCUGUCGACUUGAACAAGAAGUUGGCUACACUAUUCGCUUUGAAGGCUAUACAUCACCUGAAACAAAAAUUAAGUAA